AUGUAUAGAGUCAUUGAUUCAAGUAGGAAAUUAGGCUAUAGGUUCAAAUGCGCGGAUGGCCAUAGAAUGAAUCCAAACAAAAAUACUCUUUUGGAAUAUGUUCAUGUUGCUGGAGAAUUAGGGUGCAAUAAAAUCGUACAGAUGAUUUAUUUGUGGCUAACUAAUUCCGAUACAGCAACAAUCCAACGAGAGGUGAAUAUAUCUACAGAAACAGCGGUUGCUUAUACUGAAUAUUUAAGGGAUGUAGCUACUAAAAUAAUGAACCAUGACUACCUAAUGAUCGGCAAUGAACACGAUAUCGGGAAAGUAUAUGAGACUCAUUUGUUCAGAGCUAAAUACAACGUUGGACGUGUUAUGGCAUAG